AUGGAUAAUGUGAAGAAUCUGGUACAGAACUCUGGGACUUUAGAAAGUUUGGAGGAAGAGAGGGGACGUCUGGAGCUGCUUGGCAAGAAAACCAGCACUCAGCUGAAGCGGACACUGGAAACAGAGAUGAGCAAGAUUUCAGUGAUGUUGGAAGAGCAGCGACUAGUCCUGGAUACCCUGUUGCAUCUGUCAGUCCUGGGGAACCGACCACCUGGACGGCGCACAUCUCUAGCCAGUGGAGGCUCUGAAUUUGAUGAUGAUGAGGAGGAAGAAGAAGAUGAUGACCCAAAAAAGCUGGCCCGUUCGAGCAUGUCUAAACUGGAAGGCAUCCAAGGCGCUAGGAAGUUUUUGGAAGACCCGACAAAGGAGAUGCUUUUUAAUAGUCCAUUGAUGGAGCUGGAUGGGAACACAAAUCAACCUUUGAGGCCUGUGCACAUGUAUCUCCUGAAUGACUGUGUUUUGAUUGUAAUUGAGAGCAAGAUGGGAGGUGCACCUCUAACAUCCAUGCUUGAGACAAGCCUCCCACUGAACACCAUUGCCUGGGUGAAUGUCCGAGACCUUCAGGGCAUUCGGAAUGCCUUCAAGGCUGAGCAGCGAAUCUUUCAGUGUGAUGGAUCUGAACUGAAGAGUGAAUGGCUGCAAGCUUUUGAAAGAGCCAAGAAAGGUCAGGUGCGCCUGAAAAGCAAGAUCCCUUCACGGAAGGUCAAAUCCCAGGCUGGUGCUACCAAAAAUAAGGACCAAGUUAGUGGAGAUGUGGAGACAUCCUCAGCAUCCUUCACUUGGAGUGACCUAUCGGAGGAGUCAGGGAGUGAGGUGGAAGGUGGAAUGGAAGAGGAAAAGGAAGCCAUCUACACAUCUCGUUACUUGAGUGAAGUGCGGGAGAAGUCAGGGCUUCCCGACUGGCUUCUUGAUCUCCCUGACAAGAUGGAGGUCCUCAUUGCACACCGUGCCUUCAAAGAUGCUGUUGACCUCCUUGAGAAGAGCCAGGAGUACUUCAAGGACUCCCCACCAACCUCUGACAAUGCUCUUGCUCUUUGUAUCCAUCGUCAGAUGGGGAAAAAAGAGCGGGCCCUGCUGAGAGCGUUAACUUGGGAUCUACGUGUGAUGCCAGGAAAAGCCAUCCAAGGAGGGUCCCAGACAACCAAGACAGCUGUUUCUCUUCUCAUGCGACUCCACAAGGCCAAACUGGCCUGCAAUCUCUACUUAAGUCGGAGAGAGACUUGCUGGCAGGAAGCAAUGAAGUUUGUCCGCCUUGAAGAUGCCACACAGCUGUAUGUGCAGAAGGUCUCAGCAUUAUUCUUUAGGCAGAUGAGUGAAACUCUCCGGGACUUCCCCAAACUCUUCCCAAAGCAGAACCAUCUCCAUUUAUUUCUCAUCAAAUGGAUGAGUGAACAGAGGAUCCCAGUGCUGAGCACGAUUCCACAUAUCAUCUGGCAAAGGAGGUUGCAGCUUUGCAAGGACCUCAUUGAUGGUUGGCUCAUUUGCUUCAGGAAUGCGGUGUUCUGGGACGUGAAUGGAUGCUCUGGAGGAGACUCUUCUUGUGUUGCUUGCAUCAUAGGUCUUUCGAGCAUCCUUCAAGAGAGUCUCCCAAUCAGCAAGGCUGUUAGGCUCCAUUUGGCGGACAUGGGAUUGGACAUGACGUGCCUCUUGGACAAGCGCUUAGACAAGGAGGUGGAAAGUGUCAUCACAUACAGUCGAGAUCAACUUCUGGAGGCAGUCCGGGUCAGGGCACAAGCUGACAAGUGGAGACCAUUCAACCUCCAAAACAAAGAGGCAUUGAAGAAAUUCCUCGAUGGGAUGCGGAAUCUUGGCUUUCAGGAUGUGGGAACCCUUGUUUAUGAGGAGGUGUGGGUGUCUCUGACAGAGAAUGUCAUCAACUUCAGCAAAUCUUUUCUGAGUUUCACUAGUGAUGCAGCUAAAUUGGCCUGCUCCCCAACAUUAAGGCCUUUGUGCACUGCAGCCAUUGCUGGGAUUCUUACUGAAGAAAUGAGACAUAUCUUAGCUGUCUCCCGGAAGUCUCAGUCCAAGGACCAAGUUGAAUUUAUGAAGAAAAAUGGUGGAUUCAUCUUGAACCGGGUGGUCCCACUGGCAGCAACACGUUACGAAGAGAUAGUCCAGCUUCCCUGCCCUGAAUUGUAUGUAGCCCAGGCUGAAGCUGCAAAGAGCCUUGGUCUCCCACUCAGUCCUUCCCUCUCUCGCUUCCUCUAAGUUAUUUUUAAUUAUUAUUGUUCUAAAUUAUCCAUCAUGGUGGAAAGUUGCUUGAUGGCAAGUCUGUUUCAUCCGGGCUCAUAUCUGUGCCUUUGAAAGCGAGUGAUCCUGUCGCAGCCAGAUUCACGUGAUGAUAUUGACAAGAGUGUUAGAGUUAAAAUACCGUGAGUAUAUUUUUUGCAUAACCAUGCUUUCCAAAUGCGAUGAAUUAAAGUAUUAGAUAAUGGA